UUGUUCGACAGUCAAAGUCCAAUUCGAAUGAAGAUAGACGUCAAAUGGGCCCCAUAUUCACUGUGCACUUCAUUAUAAAGUGAGAAAGCAAUCGGAACAGAUUUCAAAAGUGUUUUCUUUUAUUUAUCCAAGUUAAAUUGGGAAUUUAAAAACAAGUAACAAAAUGGCACGACGAGGACGUUCAGCAAGCCCACCACCAGCAAGUAGACGAACUAUGUCAUCUGCUCCUCCAGCCCGGCCAAGAGCUCCACCAGCGGCAGCAGCCAGACCAACUGCUCCUCCACCAGCUCCAGUUGCCGCUCAACCAAGCGCUGUUGCCGCUCCAGCUGCAUCAGGUCAACCAUCGAUGUUCCAACAGAUGGCAGCCACCGCUGGUGGUGUCGCUGUAGGAUCGGCUAUUGGUCACACUGUUGGACACGCCGUUACAGGAAUGUUCUCAGGCGGUAGCGACUCAAAAGAAGUAGCAACCGAACCAGCACCAGCGCCAGCAGCUCAACCAGCCUACCAAUCGCAGCAACCCCAAACUGGGCCAUGCUCGUGGGAGAUUAAGCAAUUCUUGCAAUGUGCUGAAAAUCAACAUGAUCUCUCACUGUGCCAAGGAUUUAACGAAGCUAUGCGCCAGUGCAAGUCAGCUAACAACAUGGUGUAAAUCUGCAAUAUUUUUUUUUAGACCCAAUGUUCAAACUGUUAGGCUGGAACUAUAUUACAGUCACAUUUAGAUUGUUUUAGACAACAAGCAUUCGUUAGUUUGGGAAGAGGAAGAUUUGAAAAGACACAAAAUUCCAUGUAAAAAACCCGUACCGAAACAGUCAUCUAUCGGUUAUUUGAUUAGUUUUAGUUUGUUCUCAGGAAAAAAAAAACAAAAGCCAAUAAAAAUAGAAACAAAAUAGAACAAGCUAAAAA